CCAAAAAAAAAAAAAAAAUAUGUGAUAUUAUUGAUGAAUUUCUUAUGAUACACGGACAAACAAACGUCAUAAUAAUAUGACUAUUGAGUAAACACUAUACUUUACCAACAACGAAAAAAGAUUUCAAAACGAAAUUAUGGUUGCCGUAUAUACACUUAAAAUAUGUACACUAUAUUAUGUAGUAUGUACACUUGAUCGUACACAGUCAGUUAAUUGCAUAGGUACAUAUUAAUAUAUAAAUCACUGGCUGAGAAAAUUGACAUUGCGAUAAACAUGCCAAGAAUAUCAAAAAGACAAACCAACAGGUGUAACAUUCAAACAAACGAUCCAGAAAUAUUUUAUCGUGUAUCAGUAUUUAUUCCGUACAUAGACAAAUUCAUUAAUGAAUUGGAAGAAAGAUUUACAAAUCACCAAAGUACAUUGACAAGCUUCCAUUCCUUAUUCAAAGAAAGUGGUUUUGAAGAAGAUUUUAUAUCUCUUACAAAACAGUAUAUCGAAGAUCUAGAAGAUAUUGGAAAUUGUGAUGAGGUAUUCAAAAAUGAGUUCAAACUUUGGCAACGAAAACUUAAAUGUUUAUCAGAAACGGAUAAACCAAAAAAUGCAAUGGACGCUAUUUACAUAUGUAAUGAAGCCAUGUACCCAAAUAUUUUUAAGUUACUUAAAAUAUUAGCAACUUUACCAGUUUCUUCUGCCACUAAUGAAAGGACAUUCUCAACUCUCAAGAGAAUAAAAACUUACUUACGCAACUCUACUUCUGAGGGAAGACUUAAUGGUCUAGCUAUGCUAUCGAUCAAUAAAAAUGAUUCAAUUACUCCUGAUGAAGUGCUGGUUGAACUAUCCAAUAAAAAAAGGAGAUUAGAAUUUUUGUUAUAAAUAAUUAAUAAUAUAAUAUAUAUAUAUAAUUAUCUGUAUUUACUAUGUGCAUAUUAAAUAAUAUUUUACUGCCAUGAGUUAUGUAAACCUUUGUAUUUGUUUUGCUGUUUUGCCUAUUAAUAUUUAUACGUGUAAUGUAUUUGAUUGUUAAGAAAAUGGGUAUUUUUAAAGGGAAAGUUUUAGUGUUGGUUAUUUUUUUUAAACCCCCCCCAGAUCAAA